GAAUUUCACACUUUAAGAAUCAUACCUAAUCUAUCCACCAAUACCAAAAUAUUUCAGUCCGAGCUGUCUUCCCUAAUGAUGUCGAAGGCCUCAUCAUUGUUCGCCAAGUGACUCAAAUCUUGUCAGCGAGCAGAUGGAUAUAUCAACAACUCCAAGCAUCAAACGGAAGCCAGUACCACAAACGGUCAUCCCACAAUCUUCUCCAGAUGCCAACGAUAUAAUUGGAGAUCUCCUUGAUGAUUAUCUAGAUGACUAUCACGAACCACCUAACCCCAACAAAGGCCAUGACGCUGCUUCUGAAAAGGGGGAACUGGCAGUGACACUGACUACUCAUCGCCCUGACCCCCCCAGGCAGUUAUCUCUUCCUCUCGUCAGGAGCCCUUCAGAGCUCUCAGUCAACUCUAGUGCCACCGCGCCAAGUAGCCCCCUUCCUAACCGGUCACUAUGGAAGACAGCUGUCAAUGAGACCAUCUACUUUGCUGGAGGGUUAGUCUCACAUCCCUAUGAGUCAACGAAGCACUACAGCAUUCUUCGACAUUCUGCCGCUGUGGUCUUUUAUAAGGGGUCAUCUACAAGUGUCGCCAUCACCAUCUUUGCAGAUGGACCAUUACCAGCUGAUCGAUCGUUCUGGUUGCAACGAAAGGGCUUCUCUGGAAAUAUGGGCAUGGCCGCUAGUGCUUUACUACGCACCCAAGGAAAUUGGAUUGAUGUAACGCCAACGCUUGAAGCCUUGGCAUCCGACAUCCCCGAGUCGGACGAGCGAGCUUGGCAAAGGGACAUCAAAAAGUUUUUAAAGAAAGCUGCAUCCCAAAAGAAUUUGUCCAAGCAAACCACCCGCGAGACAUGCAUCAUUCGAAUACCGGUAUUGGCUGAGGACGGCUAUCUCCGCGUUGUGAUGUGUACGGGUGAAGGAUCCAAGAAGGUGCUUUGUCCUUCUCCCGUCUUUCGCGUAGCGAGUACAUCUUCUGACGUUAGCGUGCUACGGGGAGCAAGCCUGUCCACUAUGCCCAUUGAACUCGGGUUGAAGGUAGCAUCCGUAGUUGGGUCCACUGCCGUCGAAAGAUACAUAGGUCCUGCGAGGGAUGCUAUACAAAGUCAAGUUGAACGAUUGCAAACUAAGGUGGAGCCGUAUAUGCCAGGAUUCAUCGUGCAGGAAGCUGGGAUUAUGGCGUAUGAAACUGUAGAAGAAAGUUUUGAGCCAGAAAGAGACGCUACGUAUGACCCAUUACGUGCGGAAGGGGACCUAGAAGCAGCACCUGUGAUUAUUGGGGCCGACAGUGGACCUGAGAAGCCAUACCCUGUCCGUUUCACUGGUAAAGUUGUCCUAGGAACUGGCCGAAGUAAGAUGGAAGUCAAUUUACCAACUGCGAAUCUGAACGGGGUACCAAGCGAUUUACUGCUCCGUCUGAAUGGCAUUUAUAUUGGCUGGGCUGCUAUUCAGCGGAAGGACAGACUUGGAGACAUCUCGUCUGAAUGGCAUGCGGCAGUUAUUACCGUCGGUCCAUCGCCAUAUGGGCCACCGCAGGUCAUUGCGAAGAACGUAGUCGCGGUUCACAUUGUCCAUGACUUUGGCGAAACGGCAUUAUUCAACGCCAAUCUACAGGUUGUCAUCAUGGCAUAUCUAAGGUCCAUGCCAAAGGUCGAUCGCUCUCAGCCACGUGCCGCACAUACUCCUAUUGUCACGCGAGACAUCAAGACAGCUGUGGCUAGUCUAGACCGCGAGAACUGGCAGUGCGAUACAACGCUUCAUAGGGUCAAGACAGAAAUGAGUACUAUGUCUCUUGAGGAGAGAUAUGUUGAUAUUCGAACCAAAGUACAGAAACGAGUUGACAGCGUGCCUCUGCAUUUGGCUGGAGUUCGUACUUCAAGAGCGGAGCUUAGAGAUGUGGCUCACGGUAGAGGUGGUAUAUAUAUACGAAGGUGAUGACCCACUGACAGUAAUGCUAGGCUAGAAAGAUGAUCUUUUUGGGUGAACACGGAGUGCUGCUACUGUGAGGUUAACGAACAUCUAUCGAAGCGAGGCGGCGCAAUACUAUUACCUCGAGAGGAUCGAGGUCCUAUUGAACUACUGGGUAGUUCUAAGUAGGAUAAUUGGGUUUAGGACGAUCGGGUUAUAGGCACCAUUGAACUUAAGAGCUUGAUAAUACAUACGUAUUGGGUGCCCAUCCAGGUACAUUAGAAGCUAAACAGUCGGCAUACGAAACAACGAAUCUCGUACCCCUGAAUCAAUUUUGCUAAAAAGAAACCUUCAUUCUAUGGAAUAGGUAAAUACGGUUGACCUUUGAGCUUAAUUCCUUUUCGAACGUUGACGAUAAUUGCGUCCGUCAUCGGCAACUCCCGUGAUCAACUUCGGUUGAAUUUAUGGAUACCUACCUAAGGUUAGGCACUUCAAUGUUCAAGGGCAAAAGUUUUUAGCGACGAUUGAAUCGAACUAAUAAGGAUGACGAAUUCGAUAUUUCUUGCAGCCUAUCCCCUUCUACGCCUAUAUCUGAUCGCCAUCUUAUAGGAUAUCUUAUAGGGUAGGUAGUAUAUUAGGGUAACAACAAGAUAUGUAUAUGCUUACUUUU